GAACAAGUGGAAUAUAUUUUCAUUGUGGUAUUUACGAUUGAAUGUCUAAUGAAGGUCAUCGCCAAUGGCUUUCUUUUGCAUUCUGGUGCUUACCUUCGUAAUGGCUGGAAUAUUCUCGAUUUUCUUAUUUACUGCACUUUCAACUCUCAAUAUUCAUGGGUUCGACGUGAAAGCUUUGCGAGCUUUUCGUGUGCUGCGACCGCUUCGACUGGCCUUCAGGUUGUACUGAAUUCCAUUCUACGUGCCAUGGUGCCUUUGUUUCACAUUGCCCUUCUUGUUCUGUUUGUAAUUAUUAUAUAUGCGAUCAUCGGACUGGAACUGUUUUGCGGGAAACUGCAUAAAACGUGCGUCAACGCAAAUUCAGGCGAAAUCGUUGGAGAGCCCGGUCCAUGCGGUGAGAGUCGCACCAGCUACCACUGUGAUCAUGGACAUGACAUCAUAUGCACGGACAACCACACAUGGCCAGGUCCAAACAACGGCAUCACAAAUUUCGACAACUUCGGUUUGGCCAUGCUGACCGUUUUUCAGUGCAUUUCUUUGGAAGGCUGGACGGAUGUUAUGUACUGGGUAAACGACGCAGUUGGAUGUGAAUGGCCGUGGAUCUAUUUUAUUACGCUGGUUAUAUUGGGAUCAUUUUUUGUAUUAAACCUUGUGCUCGGUGUCCUGAGUGGGGAGUUUUCGAAGGAACGGGAAAAAGCACGUGCCCGGGGCCUGUUUCAGAAGUUUCGAGAAAAGCAGCAGCUGGAAGACGAUCUAAAGGGUUACCUCGACUGGAUCACACAGGCGGAAGACAUCGAACCGGUAAAUGAGGAAGAAGAGACGGAAAGUACGACUCGAGAAGGUGCUAACGCUGCGUUUCGAAAAUUAGCAUUGUUCACUCUUCUGUCUCUUUUAGAACCAGUGGAAGGUGAAGCAACGGACGAGGGCUCAAAGGAAGAGUUCCGAACCCAGAGCUGGUGGCUUAAGCGAAUUCGUAGAAUCAAGAAACUGAACAGGCGUUGUCGACGUUUCUGCCGAAAGCUGGUCAAGUCUCAGGCGUUCUAUUGGCUGGUUAUAGUGCUGGUGUUUUUGAACACAAUGGUGUUGACGUCGGAACAUUAUGGGCAACCAGAUUGGCUCGAUAAGUUUCAAGAAAUUGCAAAUCUCUUCUUCGUCAUCCUUUUUACACUGGAGAUGUUCCUGAAGAUCUAUUCCCUUGGCUUCGUCAACUAUUUUGUCGCUCUGUUCAACCGGUUCGACUGUUUCGUAGUGAUUAGUUCGAUUUUGGAAUUUGCGUUAACUUUUGCCGGAUUGAUGAAACCGCUUGGUGUUUCCGUGCUGCGAUCAGCGCGACUUCUGCGAAUCUUCAAAGUUACCAAGUACUGGAAUUCUCUACGCAACCUCGUCGCAUCGUUACUGAACUCGCUACGAUCAAUCGCGUCACUGUUGCUGUUGCUGUUCCUCUUUAUUGUCAUUUUCGCAUUGCUCGGCAUGCAGCUGUUUGGUGGCAAGUUCAAUACGAUUGAUGUCACCAUGGUCAAGCCCAGGGCUAACUUCGAUUCGUUCGUACAAUCCCUUUUGACUGUAUUCCAGUCGGCCGGCAUUAUCGUCUGUAUCUACUUUAUCGUGUUGUUCAUCUGUGGUAACUACAUCUUGUUGAACGUUUUCUUGGCCAUCGCCGUGGACAACCUAGCCGACGCUGAGUCGCUGACUGCCGCAGAAAAGGACGACGAAAACAAGCCUGAAGAUAGCAACCUGCAAGAGGUUAUAUACGCAGACGGAAACGAUACGAAUCAAGCAGAUCAGUACAGCGGAUAUAUCGAACACGCAGAGUGCCAACUGACCGCUCGACCGCAUCGUAUUUCCGAAAUAAACAUUCCAAAGAAAGUUAAAGCAAUUCCAAAUGCGUCUUCGCUGUUCAUAUUUUCUGCGACGAACCCGUUGCGGGUCUAUUGUAAUAGGUUCAUCAAUCAUUCCUACUUUACAAACGCUGUACUUAUCUGCAUCUUAGUUUCCAGCGCCAUGCUUGCUGCCGAGGACCCAUUGCAAGCUAGCUCUUUUCGUAACGAGGUACUUAACUAUUUCGACUACUUUUUCACGACAGUUUUCACAAUCGAAAUUUCGCUGAAAGUUUUGGUUUACGGGUUAGUUUUACACAAAGGAUCGUUUUGUCGCAAUGCGUUCAACCUCUUGGACAUGCUUGUGGUUGGUGUGUCGCUGACAUCUUUUGGCUUAAAAAGUGGUGCCAUAAGCGUUGUUAAAAUUCUUCGAGUACUCAGGGUGUUGCGACCGCUAAGAGCGAUCAAUCGCGCAAAAGGAUUGAAGCACGUCGUACAGUGCGUCAUCGUUGCCGUCAAAACCAUCGGCAACAUAAUGCUGGUGACAUUCAUGCUGCAAUUCAUGUUCGCGAUCAUCGGGGUCCAGUUGUUCAAGGGCACAUUCUUCCGUUGCAAUGAUCCAUCAAAAAUGACCAUGAAGGAGUGCAGAGGAAGCUACAUCAACUACGAAGGCGGGGAUAUCAACAACCCGCAGGUCCGAAACCGAGAGUGGCAGAACAACGACUUCAAUUUCGACAACGUUCAGCACGCGAUGGUGGCACUUUUCGUCGUUUCCACGUUCGAAGGAUGGCCUGACCUUCUGUAUGUGGCAGUUGAUUCGCGUGAGGAAGACUACGGACCGGAGUACAACGCGCGCAUUACGGUCGCUGUAUUCUUCAUCGCCUUCAUCGUUGUCAUCGCUUUUUUCAUGAUGAACAUCUUCGUCGGUUUCGUCAUCGUAACGUUCCAGAACGAAGGUGAACGAGAAAAAUGCAUAGAAUUUGCUCUUACGGCCAAGCCACAGCGCCGCUAUAUACCAAAAAACCGCUUUCAAUACCGCAUCUGGUGGUUCGUAACGUCGCAGCCGUUCGAAUACGGCAUCUUCGUCAUCAUCAUGUUGAAUACAUUGAUUCUUGGGAUGAAGGUAAGUGCGUCAGAUUAGAC